CCCGCCGCCAGUUCUCCCGCCCGGCUUUGCAGACGCGGGUCACCAUGUGUGCUGCCCCGACCCCGACCGCCACGGCGGCCGUGGCCGCCGCCGUCCCGUCCACCGUGUACGACUUCUCGGCGCGCCCGCUGUCCGGCGGGGAGCCCCUGUGCCUGGGCUCCCUGCGGGGCAAGGUGCUGCUCAUCGAGAACGUGGCGUCGCUCUGAGGCACCACGGUCCGGGACUACACCCAGAUGAACGAGCUGCAGCGGCGGCUCGGGCCCCGCGGCCUGGUCGUCCUGGGGUUCCCGUGCAACCAGUUUGGACAUCAGGAGAACUCUGAGAACGAAGAGAUUCUAAAUACCCUCAAGUACGUCCGGCCGGGUGGCGGGUUCGAGCCCAACUUCACACUCUUCGAGAAGUGCGAGGUGAAUGGUGCCAAGGCGCAUCCACUCUUCGCCUUCCUGCGGAGGGCCCUGCCGGCGCCCAGCGACGACCCCAUAGGGUUCAUAACGGACCCCAAGUUAGUCAUCUGGUCGCCCGUGAGCCGCAACGACGUCGCCUGGAACUUUGAGAAGUUCCUGGUGGGGCCGGACGGGGUGCCGGUGCGGCGGUACAGCCGCCGCUUUCCCACCAUCGAUAUAGAGGGUGACAUCGAAGCUCUGCUGAGCAAGGGUCCCAGCUGUGCCUAAAGCAGCCCUCCUGUCCACGCACGCUGGGGCGGACUUGGCUGCCCACUUUGGGGAUUCCAUCCAUGAAGGCGUUUCCUCUAAACUGCAUGGAAGAACGCUUGAUUUCUAGGAGAAUCCCCUGAGGUGGGCGCUGGUCCUGCCCAUUCCCUCUGCCUUUCUGCCCAAAUCCAGGCAGUUUUCCUGAUCAAUAAAGUGCUUCGUAUCAGACAA